CGAACAGCGAGUGAACAACAAACUGUAAAUUGCAGUUACACUUUUUCAAAUAUUUAUAAUGAACGAUCUAUUAUUGAAUGAUACUUUUGAAAAUUUUAAUUUUACUGCAAACGUCAAUAUAUCUAACACAUUCGCAGGUAUAAAUUUGAAGACUUUAAGUCAAAAAAGUACGAUUAAAAAUGAUAUAAAGAUGAAAAAUCAAAUCAAUGAAAUAUCAUUCGACGAUUCGAUAUUUCUUACUCAAAUAUCUUUUUCGGAGCAUGGAAAAUCUAUCGACAAUGAGGACGACUCUCCAAAAUUACAGGCUGAAAAAGUAUCGAUUGAAGAACAAAGUGAAAAUAAAGAAAAUUUACCAUGUCUUGAAAAUUUAAAACGUACAGAUAAAAAUGAACAUUUUGAUGAAGUCAACGAAAGUAAAAACAUUGAAAUUGGUAAUGUUCAAGAAAAUAUUAACAAACUAUCCUUCUGGGGACUGCCCGAAAACGUUUUACAAAAAUACGAAUCAAAAAACUUAACAACGAUGUUCCCUUGGCAAGUAGAGUGUUUGAGCCAAAACGAAGUCUUAAACGGUAGGAAUUUAGUCUAUUCAGCCCCUACUUCGGCUGGAAAAACUUUAGUAGCUGAAAUACUAGCAAUAAAAACUAUACUGGAAUCAAAGAAAAAAGUGAUUUUUAUUCUACCAUUUGUAUCUAUAGUUAGAGAAAAGAUGUAUUAUUUUCAAAACUUGUUAGAAACCAGUGGUAUUCGAGUAGAUGGUUUUAUGGGAUCUUAUAAUCCCCCUGGUGGCUUUGGAGCUGUUCAUUUAGCUAUUUGUACUAUCGAGAAAGCAAAUAGUUUAAUGAAUAGAUUGCUAGAAGAGGACAGGUUGAGUGAAAUUGGAGCUGUACUUAUAGAUGAAAUGCAUCUGCUUGGAGAUUCCAGUAGAGGAUACCUCUUGGAACUGCUUCUAACAAAAUUAAGAUAUAUUUCUAAAAAAGACAACCUAUCUAUCCAGAUAAUCGGUAUGUCUGCGACGCUUCCAAACCUUAAAGAAAUAGCAACAUGGCUAGAUGCAGAAUUAUACACCACCGAUUAUCGUCCGAUUCCAUUGAACGAACAAGCUCAAGUUUGUGGUGAAAUUUACAAUACAGAUAUGAAACUCGUAAGGAAAUUAAAUAUUUUAAAAGAACUGAAGACCGAUUCCGAUAAUAUUCUGCAAUUGUGUCUCGAAACUAUCCAAGAAUCAUGUUCAGUACUAAUUUUUUGUCCAACUAAAAAUUGGUGCGAGAAUUUGGCGCAACAGGUCGCUACAGGCUUCUUUAAAAUAGGAAGUUCUACCGGUUAUUGGUCAGAUCUUUUACGUUCACAGCUUGACACCAAUCUGAUUAUUGAACUGUUGGAGCAAUUGAAAUAUUGUCCAGUAGGACUGGACGAGAUUCUCCAAAAAACCGUUUCAUUUGGUGUCGCUUUUCACCACGCCGGCCUCACCAUGGACGAAAGGGACAUCAUAGAGGGCGCUUUUCGUAACGGUGCCUUAAGAGUUCUCGUGGCAACGUCGACGUUAUCGUCGGGAGUAAAUUUACCUGCUAGAAGGGUCAUCAUUAGGACGCCGAUCUUUCAUGGAAAACCUUUAGAUUCUUUAGUCUACCGUCAAAUGAUCGGUCGAGCUGGACGUAUGGGUAGAGAUACCGUAGGCGAAAGUUUCUUGAUCUGUCAAAAAAACGAUUUCAACAUAGCGAAAACCCUUAUGUCGGCUUCAUUGGCGCCCAUCAAGAGUUGCCUGGAAACGGCCGGUAAGCUCAAAAGAGCCAUAUUGGAGGUGGUAGCUAGCGGAGUCGCGUCUACUCCACAGGACGUACGGUUGUUUACGGAAAGUACUUUGUUGGCUUUCGAGGACGGCGAUAUCGAGGAGUUGAAUAAUCCUAUCGACGAGGCUAUGGCUUUUCUGCGGAUCAACGAGUUUGUAAGGUUGCAAAAGCUGGAGGAUGGUAGCGAGUCGUACGUGCCGACAUCUUUGGGUAAAGCUUGUCUGUCAUCUUCAAUUGCUCCAGACGAAGGACUGUCGCUUUUUACUGAACUAGAAAAGGCCAGACAAUGUCUUGUACUAGAAACUGAAUUACAUUUGGUCUACCUAGUAACUCCCUACAGCGCCUGCUAUUCCUGGGCGAACAUAGACUGGAUGUUGUACCUUAAUAUUUGGGAAAAAUUGCCCGCUAACAUGAAAAAGGUAGGAGAAUUGGUUGGCAUCAGAGAAGCUUACAUAGUAAAUGCCACGCGAAAUAAAGUCCAAUCCAGCACAGGGACAGCUUUCCACAAAUAUUUGAUACACAAACGAUUUUUCGUUGCGCUAGCUCUCCAGGAUUUGGUUAAUGAAAAAGCGCUCUCUUGGGUGUGUCAAAAGUUCAAUUGCAAUAGAGGUAUGCUGCAGUCUUUGCAACAGUCGGCUUCGUCUUUUGCAGGAAUGGUUACUGCUUUUAGCAAGCAACUGGGCUGGACUAGCUUGGAACUGUUGUUAGCACAAUUUCAAGAUAGGAUGCAGUUUGGUGUCAGCAGAGAUCUACUGGAUCUAAUGCACCUGUCGGUCAUGAACGGCAAAAUGGCGCGAUCCUUAUACAACGCCGGCAUCGAAACAGUCAUCCAAUUAGCAAACUCGGACGUAUGCGACAUUGAAAACACAUUGCAUCGAGUGGCUCCGUUCGAAAGUGAUAAAGACAGAGAAGGGGAAUCAGAUUACGAUAAAAAACAAAGGAACAAGUACAGGAACGUUUGGAUAACCGGUAGAGAGGGUUUGACGGAACGCGAGGCGGCUGAGAUUUUCGUAACAGAAGCCAGAAGGUAUUUAAAGAUCGAAAUGGGAUUGGUCGAUGCUAAAUGGAAGAAUACCGAUGAGGAUGUUGAAGAAACUCAUGAGUUGGAAGUAAAUAACGUAAAUAUAGUAAAUGGUACAGUUGGUGUAAAAAUUGCAGAGAAAAUAACAGAAAAUAGUGAUCAAAGCAAAUCAAAUAAUGAAAAAAUUCUUACAGAAAGCAAUGAUAACAAUCUUAGCGAUGAUAAAAUUCUUUUAGAAAGCGAUGAUAAAAUGCUUACAGAAAGUAUUGACAAUCAAAGUAAUAAUAUCAAUAUUGAACUACCUCAGAAUGAUAAUAAAACGACUGUAAAUACGUAUUUUUCUGAUGACUCUUCGAUGUUUUCAACCAAUAUGAACAUAUCUGAUACUUCAAGCAUAUCGAAUACAGAUUCUACCAAAAUAGAAGACGACAUUGAAGAACAUAAUUUCAUCAAACAAACGCCCAAUAGAUUAUCGGAAAAAUUUGAAAAAUGUACCUUGGACUCGCCUAAGCGAGUCUCAACAACUAAUACAUAUGAUAAGAAAAAUAUGAAUAAUUUUAUAAAAGACAUUUCCAUGUCCGAUUUUUCCGAUACUCUCUCUGAAAAUAGUUCAAAUCUUGCUUCAUCAAAAUCUACCGAUGUAUCUAUGUUGAUCAAACCGUCUGCAGUAGAACUUAACAUAUCGGGUUCUUCUCUGCGAUCGAAUUUGAACAUUUCUCUGGAUAAAAUGCAGUCGGAUCGAAGUUUGUUUGAAGAAAGCUUUUCUUUGCAGCUGUCUGAUAACAAUUUGUCGAAGGAUAGCGCUUUAGGCGGUUCAAAAGAUAAGAAUUCGGAUUCUGAAUCAAAAAAUGUCGUUCAGAAUGCUUUCGGCGAGUCGCUUCAAUCGGACGACGAUAUUUUUUGCAAUUCUUUCGAUGAAGAGUACGAAAGUACACAAUUUUCUGCGAAAAAACGGAAAAAUGGCUGUUUGGAGGAGAAUAAGUCGUGUAAGAAGUUUAAAAAUGAGGAGGAGGAUACCGGUGCACCAGUUCAAGAUAUGAAUACGACGUAUAUCACAAAUAAACUGGAAAAUCAACCAGGUAUAGAUUUCAGCAAAAUGGAAUUAGUGAAUGUUUGUCAAGAAUUGACGCUUUUAGAAGCAUUUAGUAAGGAACUUAAAGAAUUAGCUAGUUUCUCCUUUUCUAUAGCAUGUAGUAAAUUUGUAGAACCUAAAGCAACAAUAGGAAUGAAUAUUUUAAAAACCCAGGGCCCAAAACUCCGUAACACUGACCGACCUGAAGAUAAGCAACACUUUUCUUGCGACGGAAGAAAGAUAGAAGGUUUCUCUUUCUGUUGGGAAACCAACAUUGUGUAUUAUUUGAGUUUGGACAACGCAAAAUUACACCAAAAAAUUUUAAAACUCUUGAAAGUCGUAUUUAAAAAUGACAAAGUUAGAGUUCGGAUUUUUGACGCGAAGGAACAAAUUAAAGUCCUUCAGAAUUGUUGCGGUAUAAGUUUUUAUUCGAAAAUAAUCGAUCCCAAAAUAGCUGAUUGGAUAUUGGAACCAGAAGAAAAGGAGAAAAAUUUGAAAGCUAUGGUUGUAAAAUAUUGUCCUGAAGGUAUCGGACUCUCUCAUUUAACUGGCGGAUGUAAAGGACUAGGAAGUGUUGGCUUGGAUAUUUAUAGUACCGCAGAUGCAAAACUUAGAUCAUCUGUAGAGGCGAAUCUAACAUAUCAUCUAACGGAUUCUUUAAAAAGAACAUUGUUAGAACAAAAUCCGAAAUAUUUAAGCACUUACGAUAUCGAAAAUGACGUAAUGUUGAUAUUGUCUAAAUUGGAACUUAACGGUUUUGGUUUGAAUAAAUCCGUUUUAAAAAGCAUUCUUGACACAUUAAAAACGCAAAUAAGCAUCGUAGAGAAGAAGGCCUUUUCUUUAGCUGGAAGAAAUUUCAAUUUCGCUUCAAGUGUUGACGUCGCGAAGGUUAUAGGAAUGUUCAGAGGCAGGAAAGUGAGUACUAGGAAGCAAAUUUUAGAAAAGAAUCAACAUCCUAUAUCCGAAUUGGUUUUGCAAUGGAGAAAAUUGCACUCAGUCCUCACCAAAACUAUCUAUCCGUUGAUCCAAACCAACACUAUCGAUCGAAUACACGGUUGUUACAUCACGCACACAGCUACAGGUCGUAUAAGUAUGCACGAGCCGAAUCUACAGAACAUCAACAAGGAUUUCGACAUAUGCAUUUCGACAAAAGAAAAUGUCAACAUAAGUUGUAGGGACGCUUUCGAAGCACCCGAAGGAUUCAAAUUAGUAUCCGCGGAUUACUGUCAAUUAGAGUUCAGGAUCUUGACGCACUUUUCUCAGGAUACGUUGUUACGUAGGAUAUUGAACGAACCUGGAGAUGUUUUUAAAAUGAUUGCAGCCAAGUGGAAUAAUAUUGAGGAAGAGCAGGUCACAGAUAGCAUACGGCAAAACGCGAAACACUUAUGUUACGGCAUCAUUUACGGAAUGGGCAGUAAAACGUUGGCGGACCAACUGAAUAAACAAGAAACCGAAACGGUAGAGUUUAUGGAGACGUUUAGAAAUACCUAUCCCGGCAUAAAGGCUUUUAUAAAGCAAACUAUUGAAAACUGUAAAAAAUGCGGCUAUGUGGAAACUAUUAAUGGCAGAAAAAGGUUUUUAAUGCAUAUCAACGAGACUGAUCAGACUAGGAGAGGACAAGCCGAGCGGCAAGCGGUGAACACAAUAAUUCAAGGUUCCGCAGCCGAUUUAGUAAAAGUGGCGAUGAUCAAGGUGGAAAACGAAUUAGAGCAAAUCUUCCACAAGACGAAGAGCAAACCAAAAAUGGUUUUGUAUCUGCAUGACGAGUUAAUGUACGAAGUACCGAACAAAUAUUUGAGGAAAGUGGCGAAAAUCAUCAAGAAAAACAUGGAGGAUUCUAUUAAACUUUCGGUGCCUUUUCCAGUCAAGUUAAAGGUCGGAAAAUCAUGGGGAGCCAUGACUGAAUUUUCUUUAUGAUAGUCUACCUUAUAUCAGCGUGUCUUGGCUAUAUGAUGAAUGUGGGAAUAAUAUGGUCUGUAUACAAGAAAAGGUAACCAAGUCCACCGAUAGUAGUUUUGAGUUAUUAGUAUUUUAAUGAUUUGCUUAUGAUUUUAAAAUCAAAUGAAUUAUUUGGUCAUUAUGGAAUUUUAAAUUGUAAGCAUUUUUAUGACAUUUUUUAAGUUGUUCAUUAUUUCCUGAUAAAUAAUAUUGAAUUUAAGGUACAUAGGCAUUACAAACUAAAAAUGUAAAAUGUUGGACUUGGUCAUCUUCUCUCGUAUACCGACGAAUAAUGAAUUUAAAUUUAUGAAAGGUCGAAAUGCAAAAAAUAAAUUAAGUUGAAUAUUGAUUUUAAAUUCUUCUAGUUACUAUUAAUAUUGCUAAUAAAAUACUUAAAAGGAAAAAUAAACUGAAUUAAAUCUGAAGCUACUGGGGGAUGAAUUCGUAAUAAAUUUCUUGAAAAUCAAUUUUUUUUAUAUACAUUUUUUUAUUUUUAUAUAUUAAUGAAGGGUCUGAAUUAAAUCUGGAGAUAUUGGAGGAUGAAUUAGUAAUAAUUUUCUUGGAAAUUAAUUUUUUUAUAUUCAUUUAAUUUUAUUAUUAUUAUUAUUA